CCUGCCGCCCUCGGAGAAUUCCUCUCUGGAACACGUUCGCGCGCACACUGCCACAGGCCAGCUGAGCCACAGAUCUGCCACCGGCAGAACAUUGAAAUUUGAACUUCCAUUCUACGUGAAAUUUGAACUCUCGUUUCCCUGCUCGAGCCUCCGAGAGUGUGAAAUUUGAACUCCGGGGCAAACAAUAGACCUUUCUCUCUCUCACUGUGUGUGGAUGAGGUGACGUCACCAUGGAACAACCACCAACACAAGAUCCCACCGUGGCGGGGGUGCUAAUUGGGGUGCAGCACCCCGCGGACUGCACCCCGUGCGGGAACAGCGUCAUCGUGCACCCCACUUCGCUAGCAACACUGGGCCUCGCAACAGCGGAAGCCAAACUUCAGGCAGUAUCUCAGGCCGCACUCCUCCAUCCGCAGCGAAUACCGCUCAACAACAGCAACCCCCCUCCAACGGUCGUGCCACAACAGCAACAGCAGCUGUGUGCCAUCUGCGGCGACCGUGCCACCGGCAAGCACUACGGCGCAAGCAGUUGCGACGGCUGCAAGGGAUUCUUCCGUCGCUCCGUCCGCAAGAACCACGUCUACGCAUGCCGUUUCCAGCGGGCGUGCGUCAUGGACAAGGACAAGCGGAACCAGUGCCGUUACUGCCGCCUCAAGAAGUGUUUCCGAGCGGGCAUGAAAAAAGAAGCAGUCCAGAACGAGCGCGACCGAAUCAGCUGCCGCCGUCCCAGCUACGACGAGGGCUCAGCCUCAGCUUCAGGUCUCACACUCGCAGUCCUCCUCAACGCUGAGAUGUACUCCAGACAGAUGACUUCGGUGAGUGCUGACGAUGGCGACAUCUCUUCUAAACGCGUCGCCAAUAUCGCCGACGUAUGUGAAUCCAUGAAACAACAGUUACUCGUUCUUGUAGACUGGGCCAAGUAUAUCCCUGCCUUCUGUGAAUUACCUCUCGACGACCAAGUGGCUCUUCUAAGGGCACAUGCCGGAGAACACUUGCUGCUUGGAUUAGCACGUCGGUCCGCACAUCUUCGUGAUACUCUAUUAUUAGGAAAUGAUUUUGUCAUACCUCGACAGUCCACAGAAGUGGAAAUCAGUCGCAUCGGAUGUCGAAUUCUUGAUGAAUUGGCAACAACGCUUCGAGAAGCACGAGUCGAUGACACGGAAUUCGCAUGCCUCAAAGCCAUUGUCUUUUUCGAUCCGUAUGCAAAAGGCCUUUCGGAUUCAUCCAGAAUAAAAGUUCUGAGAGACCAGAUCCAAACGAGUUUGGAAGAUUACGUAAAUGAUCGCCAGUACGAUAGCAGAGGAAGGUUUGGAGAGAUUCUUUUACUUUUGCCUGCUCUUCAGUCCAUUACCUGGCAAAUGAUUGAACAGAUUCAGUUUGCAAAACUGUUUGGCAUGGCAAGGAUAGACAACUUGCUCCAAGAGAUGCUGUUGGGGGGGGCUUCAUCUGAAUCUACAACACCUAUUGCCUCUUCAACUUCAACAGCAUUGAAUGAAGCAGGAGUUGGUUCACAGGUUGAGCCUGUCUUGACUAAUGGACACUUGUCAACUGGAGACCCUAUAGUUAACGGACAUCCUGAAACUCCAAUUCCAUCUCCAACUGAUCAUUUCACAAAAAUUCGAACACUUGAUCCAUCCCAAGGAUUCAAAACAGAACCAGACGCUAGUUACUGACCCAUUUUUAUUUUCUACAGAUUUUUAAAUGCGUUAAACUGAAACUGUCUUGAUCCAAGGCAAAAUAUAUGGAAGGAAACAACUAUGUACAGUAAACACAUCCAGUUGAACUGCUUACGUUUAGUUUAUUCCUUUUUCAUACUCUGUUUUGGAAACUUCAUUUAUUAUAUUUACCUUUUCAAAAGGAUUAUUUCCCAUACUGUCUGAAAAUUACAAUUUACUGAAACCUUAGACAGUUAAAAUACCAAUAAAAAAGCAAUAAAAGUGUAUGAUCCCUAAGCUUUCAUGCAGCGUUAGAAAGCUGACAGCUGAAUGCUUCCUUUGAAAAGGGGAAGAAAAAAAAGUUAGAGAAAGUCAAUUUUAGUGAUAUGACAUCAGUGAGAUUUCAAAGACAACGAAGAUGCCAGUUUUAAAAAUGUCAAGCAUCUUAUGAAUUUCCUAUGCAUUAUUUAAACAUACUUGCAAGUGAAAUAUCCCUACUUUAAUACAUUGAUAUCAGCGUUCAGCGAUAAUCUGAGCAUAAGAUGCCCAAUGAAAAAUGACGGAUGGAUUUUUCUUUCUUCAGUGAUUCAACAGCUCAUAUCCAUUUCCUUGAGCUCAACCACCAUUUAGCAAUUUUUAAGACGUUUUUAUCAACACCAUCAAUCCAUCUUGUUUACGGUCUUUACUGGAAAUAUUUUCUUACUAUUAAGAUCGUCAUGAACUAUUUGUCGAAAUUAAGUAAAUUAGUGAUCAUUUAAUUAGUACUACAUGAAUGGGAGAAAAUAUGAAGAAAUCGUUGAUUGAGUUUUAUUUCAGUUAAAAAAAUAAAUUCACUCAAUACUUUAAAAGGUUUUCCAAGAAAUGUAUUAUAAUAAUAGACGAGACAGAAAAUUAAAAAAAAUCGAUAAAUACCUAUCGCUUGCAACUUAUUUAUCACAAUACAAGGGGUCAUCCAUAAAUGAUGUCACGCUUUUAGGGGGAGCGACAUUCUAUAAUUUUUAAAGAUGGAAAAUCUCAUUUCAGCGAAAGAAAAUUUGUACUCAAUUUUCUAAUCGUAUAACAUACAGGCAGCAGUAUUUAGUUUUUAGGUUCAGCAUUUUAUUUUUAUGCAUUUCUCGGCGCUGAUUUAGACUUUACUACUAAUCUGAUGUCGGUUUUCUCGCAGACUAUUUUUGGGGUUUUCAAUCUGCGUGGCAGACUGCUGAAAAAAAUUCUGCUGCUGGGGUAAAGUGUAAAA